GCUGCCGAGACCACGACCACCGAGUUUCAGCCCGACGCCGCCGCCGGGAGCAAGCAGAGCGCCACUCUGGCGGCCCAGAAGCAGGGCGUCACAGUGGGGACGGAGCAGGCCGCCAGCCCCGCGACCGAGAGGGGCGUUGCCGAGCCUGCGCAGGCAGCCGCAGACACCGCGGAGGGCGGAGCCGCCACGAAGGCACCCACCGCACCCACUUCAGAACCGACACCAGCGCCUACGGAGGCACCGACUCCAGAGCAUUCGCCAGGGCCUACCGCAGCGCCUACGCUGGCACCCACCGCACCCACUGCAGAACCUACACCAGCGCCGACGAAGGCACCGACUCCAGAGCAUUCGCCAGGGCCUACCGCAGCGCCUACGCUGGCACCCACCGCACCCACUGCAGAACCUACACCAGCGCCGACGAAGGCACCCACCGCAGAGCCUACGCCAGCGCCUACGGCUGGGACGCCGAGCACGACCCGCAGUUCGCUCCGCAGCACGUCUGCUCCGCCAGCGAUGCAGCGUGCGGUGUCGAGCCAGCACGGUGGAUGGCAGAUGGUUUGUUAUACAAGAAGGCCAUGUGUGUAGUGCAGUUCCUCUGGAUUACUUUAUUUCCUUUCUGGGCACAGCCUGGCAUGCCCGAGCAUAGCAAGUAUUCUACGACGCGCCAGCCUGCGGACGAGCCGAAGCUCGGGUCGAUCGGCAGCCACAUCACGGAGGUCGAGACCGCGCCGAACUCGACGUUCAAGCUGGAGGGCGACGGCCAGUGGUCCCUGGAGGGGGCUGUGCUCCAGAGCGCGGGCGCCGCGCACCUGCUGAGCGGCAGGACCUGCUCGCUGACGAACGCAUGGCACCUGACCACCAGCCAGACGACUUGGCCGAUGCUGCAGCACGGGAACUACAGAGCCCACCACGACGCGCACGAGUCCCGCGCUACAGCCGCCGCCCAGCCCCGACCCCAUCAUCACCACCACCACAUCCACCCCCAGUUUGCCAAGGACCACCACUGGAAGCUGAGCAUCAAUGUCAACAUCAUCACGAACAUAGAGGGCCAGCACGUGCAGGAGUACAACAAGCCGAUCUUGAAUUGCUGGACGCUGAGCUUCAAUUUCAACAUCAACACGGACACGGCGGGCCAGUACAUGCAGGAGCACACCACGCAGACCAUGAAUUGCCACCAGUGGAACAAUGGCGCGCUGUCAUUGAAUUACCACCUGGAAUUGAUUUUCGACAUGAACGGGAAUCAUGCGACGAACGACCUGAACAUCAAUUUCCAGCCCGACGACCCGCCGACGCCCCCCCGCCUGGCUUUCUGGAACCCCCACGCCGCCCUGACCCUGACGUACGCGCAGUCGAGCUCCAUCGAGGCCAGCUCCGCAUUCGACUCAUUGUAG